AAGAAGCGUAAUCAUGUUUGCACGACGUGCUCCAAGGCAUUUACCACCAGUGGACAUCUUGCCCAUCACACCCGCAUCCACAUGGGCAAAAGGAAUCACAAAUGCCCUUUCCCAGGUUGUGAAACAAGAUGUUCAAGGCAGAAUAACUUGCAGCAACAGUGA